UAGAAACGAGCCUCCAGGGGCUUCGCUGUCUUCUGCACGAGCUCACCUGACCCCUCUAGUCCUUAGGUCCUUAAUGAGUCAUCUAUUAGGGAUUGUCCUAAUGGAUAUGGGAAGGAAAGAUUUAGCAGUUAAGGCCAGUAAAAAAGACAGAGGGUGAUCUAAAACCAAGACUCUCAUCUUGGGCCUUGGUGUAGAACAGAAUGACUGAUUGCGGGUACCGAUAUCGCCAGCCCGGCAUCGAGUCCAGGGCGAAUCGGGAACGAGCCGUUUGCGCAGAGCGGAGUUGCUGCAGUUUGGUUUUCGGAGGGAGAAAUCAAGGCAGCUACAGGCCCCUGCGGAGGAGGAAAGGGGUUAGGAUGCGCAGAGACCAAGAGACGGAGAGAUCUGUUCGCCGCCCUGCGGCGUUGCCCAGUUACACAGGCUGAAACAACACCUAGCAUGCCGUGGGAGCAGACCCUAACACCACAGCAGCAGGUUGGCAGACCUGAUAGCACUGAAGUGUUGAGCCCUUAGUAGAGUAGUAGUAGAGGAGUUUAUUGCCAGAUGUACAUGUGCAUUGGUAUUCUUAUUCGUGUUGUGGAGAACAGUGAAUAUGUAGUGGUGGAAAAAAAACCCAUGGUAGACCAUGCAAAAAGUGCAUAGUGCAGAUGUGCAUUGAGUCUGGGGCAUUGCAGUUAGUUGUUAAGGAUGCGAAUGGCAGUAGGGUGGAAAACGUGGUGACGUCUGGCUCUCUCUGUCUCUCACUUUUGUUACAAGCCGGGUCUUCUGCUAGAGGUGGAGCUGAUGUGGCGACUGGUGGAGGGUUCCAGUGUAUUCGGAGGUGCCCGGGGCUGUGUGGAUCCUGCCUCAGCACCGGGAGAUUGUCAUUGCAAGCGCGGACCGGCGAGGUGAUGGGGGAGUUUGGGCGGCUGUACGAGCAGCAGUACGCCGUGGCGCUCUUCAACAAGGUCCGCUACGAGAUCGAGGGCAACGGGGGACCCCAGUCCCAGCUCCUGCACCGCAAGGUGCCCCUGGAGGACAAGUCCAUCUUCUCCGGGAAUCUUUUCCAGUUCCUGGAGGAGAACAAGAAGUGGAGGAAUCGGUUCCUCUAUGUCCCGGACUCCUACAGCGUCAUGUUCUACGAGACCAAGCUGGCCUAUGACAGAGGACUGCACCCCAAGGGGACCAUCAACUGCGCUGGCUACAAAGUGCUGACCUCAGUGGAGGAGUACGGCGAGCUGAUGAACAGCAGCCUGCCAGGUCUGAAGGCGAAGGCGGGCAGCUCCAUGUUUUCGAAGUGCGCCACCCAGUUUCCCAUCAUCCUCUGGCACCCGUACGCGCGCCACCACUACUUCUGCGUGACGUCGGAGAAGGAGCACCAGAAGUGGCUCGCGGUCUUCCAGGACUGCGUCAGGCACACCAACAACGGUGAGGCACAAGUGCAGGUGCACACGCGUACACGCGUGCAGUACACACCUGCUCGCACGCCCAUGCACGAGCACUCUCAAUGCCUAUUACAGGUGCAUCCAUUGAAUAGAACUGCUCAACCAAUCCAGACUGACACCAAGUUGGCCCAGGCAAGGCAGCUGCAGAGUUAUCGUAUCACUGGUGCCAUUUCACAAUUACGUCAUAACGGAGCUUGUUGUAACCACCUUGAACCACAGGGAAGAGCACUAGAACAUCUGAAACAUCUGCAUUGUUCAGUAUGCUUACAAUGAACUACACAGAGGUACCACUUUCAAGGAUAUGGAUUAAGAAACCUCCCUUAUUGCUUGUUAUUAAGUGUGAUUCCUUUAAUGAAUCAAGGUGCCAGUGCAGGACACACACACACUGCCAGUGCAUGACACACACACCGGAGCAGUGCACACUUCUGACUUCUGUGAGCAAGCAGAAGGCUCACAGUGGUGAUGUGUUCGUGUAGCUCCACAGCACCUUAACCUGGGAGAAAAAAUGUUCAGGAGCCUUUUAAAUGUUCAGCUGGGAAGCUGUGGGGAAGGUAUUACAGAGCAUGGCG